CUGGGAACUUCAUCUCGGAGACAAUGGGAGCGCUGGAGGGAGAAGGAACCGGUUCCUAGAACAGCCUGGGGGGGGUGCCGGGCUCCGGGACUGGUGUUCACACACACACACACGCACACACACACACACACACACGCAGCCUGGCCGGAGGAAUCUGCAAUUUCCCAGCCGGAGUGUUUUAGUUUUUACCUUUUGCGGGUAGCUCCAAGGGAGGGGAGCCGCAGCCUGGGAAACGUCGGGCAUUUCCCGUGGAUUUAUUUUGGAAGCGACGCUUUUUGCUUUCCCAGUUGCUGGAAGAAAGUGUAUGUGGGGAGGAAGACAAAGCCCACAAGUCAGUUGCAGUUGUGUGUGUGUGUGGAGGGGGGUUGGGAGCUAACAAAAGGCAAAGGAAGAUACAAAAGAGAAACCGCGUCCUGCUUUGGAUCCGAAUUGGCCGCGGGCUGGUUGGCGCUGCAAUGCUUCCCAGCGGGACCCCGGAGCAGAAGCCCAGUGCCUGAGCUGCUCCAGAUGCGGAGUCCCGCAGCCGGCCGGACCAAGCGGGAUCGGCAUCUGCCCACCGGUUUCUUUCACGGGAUCGGGAUGCACCGGCGUCUCGGCGACUGAUCAGACCGGGGGGGGAAAGGAUCCUUCUCUGUCGCGGUGCCCACCCCCCUCCCACUGCGCCACUGUGUCGCAGGGCGUCAUUUUCUUCUGAGAGGAGCCCAGCCAGCUGAUCAAAAUAGAGUCCCUCAAGGUGACAGUCGACUUCCUGAAGGUGCCCCUUGGCCUGAAGAAGCCCGCGCUGAAGGAGGCAGCGGCCGCCUUGGCUGCUGUCCCCGUCGGGAGACCCAAGUCCGGCAACGUGGAGCGCUACAAGGCGCGGCGCUCCGACAACAUGGACAACGAGUCGCAGUACUCGGGGUAUUCCUACAAGUCGGGGCACUCGCGCAGCUCCCGCAAGCACAGAGACCGGCGGGACCGGCACCGCUCCAAAAGCCGGGACGGGAGCCGGGGGGACAAGUCGGUGACCAUCCAGGCCCCGGGGGAGCCCCUGCUGGAUAAUGAGUCGACCAGAGGAGAUGAGAGGGACGACAACUGGGGCGAGACCACCACGGUGGUGACGGGCACCUCGGAGCACAGCAUCUCGCACGAUGACCUCACGCACAUCACCAAGGACAUGGAGGACAGCGCCCGCCUGGACUGCUCCCGCCACGUGGGCGUCUCGCUGGGCGGGGCCCUGGCGCUGCUUUCCUUCCUCACCCCGCUGGCCUUCCUGCUGCUGCCCCAGCUGCUGUGGCGGGAGGAGCUGGAGCCCUGCGGCACGCCCUGCGAGGGGCUCUUCAUCUCUGUGGCCUUCAAACUCCUCAUCCUUCUGCUGGGCAGCUGGGCCCUCUUCUUCCGCCGCCCCAAGGCCUUCUUCCCCCGCGUCUUCGUCUUCCGGGCCCUGCUCAUGGUGCUCGUCUUCCUGCUCGUCGUCUCCUACUGGCUCUUCUACGGCGUGCGCAUCCUGGACUCGCGCGAUCGCAACUACCAGGGUGUGGUGCAGUACGCCGUCUCCCUGGUGGACGCGCUGCUCUUUGUCCACUACCUGGCCGUGGUGCUGCUGGAGUUGCGCCAGCUCCAGCCCCAGUUCACGCUCAAGGUGGUGCGCUCCACCGACGGGGCCAGCCACUUCUACAACGUGGGCCACCUCAGUAUCCAGCGCGUGGCAGUGUGGAUCCUGGAGAAUUAUUACCACGAUUUCCCCGUCUACAACCCCGCCCUCCUCAACCUGCCAAAAUCCGUCCUGUCCAAGAAAAUGUCCGGGUUCAAGGUGUACUCGCUCGGCGAGGAAAACACGACGAACAACUCGACAGGCCAGUCUCGGGCCGUUAUCGCCGCGGCCGCCCGGAGGCGCGACAACAGCCACAACGAGUACUACUACGAGGAGGCCGAGCACGAGCGCAGGGUGCGGAAGCGCCGCGCCAGGCUGGUGGUGGCCGUGGAGGAAGCCUUCACCCACAUCAAGCGGCUGCAGGAGGAGGACCAGAAGAACCCGCGGGAGAUCAUGGACCCGCGAGAAGCUGCCCAGGCCAUCUUCGCCUCCAUGGCCCGGGCCAUGCAGAAGUACCUGCGCACCACCAAGCAGCAGCCCUACCACACCAUGGAGAGCAUCCUACAGCACCUGCAGUUCUGCAUCACUCACGACAUGACUCCCAAGGCCUUCCUCGAGAGGUACCUGAGCGCUGGGCCCACCAUCCAGUACCACAAGGACCGCUGGCUGGCCAAGCAAUGGACGCUGGUCAGCGAGGAGCCGGUGACCAACGGCCUGAAGGACGGGGUAGUCUUCGUCCUCAAGCGCCAAGACUUCAGCCUGGUGGUGAGCACGAAGAAGAUCCCCUUCUUCAAGCUCUCAGAGGAGUUUGUGGACCCCAAGUCACAUAAGUUCGUCAUGAGGCUGCAGUCGGAGACCUCUGUGUGAACUGCAAAGGGGGUUAGGUUAUGGACUCAUGCCUGAGGAGGAGCGAGUUGCAUCCAGGACUCUCCCUUUUUUGACCGGAGCUUAGAGAGACCAUCAUGCAGGGAGAGCCUUGUAGGAACCUCCCAGAACCAGCGUGCAUGCCCUAGGGCUCCGUCUCCUCUCUCUGCCCUCUUCCAUCUCUGCUUGCCCCCCAUUUGGGGGUCGGGGGCAGAGCCCUUUCCCCUUCCUGUCUCUGCUGUCUCCAAAACCCAGAUUCUUGUAGCAAUCUCCCAGGAGGUCAGAAGGCGUGUCACGCGAAGGCUGGCGUUUUAACAGGAAGAUCCCUCAUUUGGUGCCAAAACUCAAGGGCUACUUCUGUUCCCUCCUUCACCAGCGUCUCCAAAUGCGGCUGGGUCUGAGGAACCGUCUCAGUUUCCUUUUUUGUAUUACUAUCCCGAUUCUGGCCUUUUUUACAACUUCCCCGGAUGUUUGGCGUGUGUUUUUUAAAUCCCCACCCGCGAGGGUUUUGGAGCAUUUGCAAGCGUCCCUCCAGUAUCGUGGCUGCUAUCGAAAUCUCCCUGCUCCACCUGCAGGCAGGAAAAGACGAACCAACGAUGCGGACUCUGGUAUCGGAACCUCCUCUUUGGCUCUUCUCUGGGGUUUUCCAGCUCAGUUUUUUAACGACGACGAGAAGACUAGUUUUAAACAGUUUUUUUAAAUAGCGAUUUUUUUUUUCGUGUGUGCUGAUCUCUGUGCUUUGUAAUGGAAUCCUGUGUUUUUUGUAAAUAGCAACUCAAACUGG